AUGGCGACCGAGCGCUCUCUGGGCGCUCUUCUGCGUUCUCUCCAAGCUCCAUCUUACGCUCAGGAUGGCUUAAGCUUGCUUCCCACCGCAACAAGCCUUCUCGCCGUCCUCAAGAACCCAUUGAAUAUCACGCUCCUUUCCUCGCAGCUGCUGGCAGCUCCGGCAAUAUGGGACCAACCCGUCGACCUUCACCUCUGCCGACGGAUUAUCAGCGUCUUCAAUACGGCAUCCAUGGCAAUUCUCCAGAGCGAAGAGUCGGAAGACCCGCGGAUACCAUGGGGUGGACCUGGUCCUAAGAAACUGGAUCGUGAGGAAUGGGUAAAGGCUGUUGUUGGUGGCGCUGAUGAAAAGUCGCCGCGAUGGAGGCAUCUGCUCCUAAUUUGCGGCGUUCUGCUAGGGUUCGAGGGUCAGGAUAGGCAAGGCUUGCCAUGGAACGUGCGGAAGAAGCUCGAGUCUGCGCUUGUCACGGCGGCCCAAUUUGCACUGGAGGAGUUGGACCCGCGGGAUGAAACCGCGGGUCGCUGCGUUACUAUGGUGCUCAAUUAUUCGUUUCAACUCAUUUCGGACGUGGAGAGGGAGAGGCUGGAUUAUGAUCGCUUGUUGCCAGUUAUGGUUCAAACGACCUACUUCUCACCUGAGGGUUUUGAAAGCGCCUACUUCCUCGGAUCCGUUGACCAGGAUAUCAUUCAAACGCCCUCGAAGCGAUUCGCGUGGCCGCCGCAGGCUUCUACCGUUCAGCGUGUAACGGCAAUAGCUUCGAGUCCGCUCAUUUCUGCAUUAGGUCCGCUCUCCAGACUCAUUGCUCAUGCCGUCGAGAGUGCUCGGGAUCCUAGAUUGGUUGCACGCUCCGUGGAUCAGAUCGCGGAUUUCGUUCGGACAAUGAUGGUGCAAUGGCGACAGAACAAGUUAUCGGAGGUUGACAAGGCUGAAGAGCUUGAGUUCUUGGAGCCUGAGUCACUGCGGGAUACGAUUCCAGGCCUCUGGAAGCUUCUACGCAACUGUCUAUACUCUGUUGUUAUUAUUCUUCGAGCUGUCCUUGGGCGGGUGAUCAAUGAUCAUACAUUGGCGUCCGACAAAAGCGCACCAUUUAUUUCGAUGCAAGCUCUCCAUAUCCUCCGCAAUUUAUAUUUCAUCUCCUCUCGAGUUGGCCAGAACUCUUCUUCUCAGCAUACAUUCGUAACACUGGCGGCCGUUGAUGUCCUUGCGCAAUAUCCGGACUUGACAGAAAAUUUCCUGAAGAGCAUCAAGCCAAGCGAGAUAGGGCAGAUCCCUGCUCAUCCUCUUGAGCGAUGCCUUGACCUUUAUUUCUUGAAUAUCUCCGAGCUUUUUACGACUGUUGUCUCUCCAAAGUUCAGUGAAGACCUGCUUAUCCAAGCGGCUAUGCCGUAUCUCCCAGCAGGUGGAAACAAUCACCUUCUCGAGAUAUUUGAGGCUGCCCACAGCUUAGCGCUUGCCGUCUUUGCAAUCCCUAACAACGCAGCCGUGGCGGCAAAGCAUCUUCCUUUCUACAUUGACAAUCUCUUCGCCGUCUUUCCCACCAACCUCUCCGGUCGCCAGUUCCGCCUCGCAUUCAAAACAGUUCUUCAAGUCACCGCACCCCCAUCGCCAAUCGCGAACCGGCAGCCACUCCUCCCCUCAAUACUCCUCGAAGUUCUUUACGAUCGUGCCCUCAACAACGCCUCUACAACACCCCUUCCACCAUCUUUACAACCGCCCAGCAUCUCGCCCGAUCCAGACAUGGCGAAAGAAGCCCCAGUUCUGCUCUCCGAACAAGCGUACCUCACCCUCGCUCUUAUUGAUAGCCUAUGCUUUCUCCGAGUUGAAGACUUGGAAGAGUGGCUUCCCCUGACUGCAAAUCUGAUAAAUGCUAUUGCUGCGGCGGAGAUGCGCAGGGCCUGCGUGGAGAGGUUCUGGGAUGCGCUGUGCAAUGGCGAGAUGGAUGUUGAGAGGGCGCAUUAUUGUGUUACCUGGUGGAGUACAAAGGGUGGAAGGGAGAUGAUACUGUUAGGAGCUGACGAUACGAAUGCGCAGGGCGAUGGGCAAGGAGCUUUCAUGUCUGGGGCUCUUGGACCAGUUGCUCCUGAGAGUAAGCUCUAG